AUGACUAUCAAAUUUGCAAUUCUUGAUGACUAUCAGGGCAUUGCGCCCGCAUAUUUUGCCCACCUUGAAUCGCGCGUCGAAAUUUCAAGUUUCCCCGAGACCCUCGACCCCCGCAUUCCGGCCCAGCGCGAUGAUCUCAUCCGGCGACUCUCCCCAUUCGACGUCGUUCUUGCGAUGCGCGAGCGCACACCUUUCUCCGCUGAAACAAUUGCAGCGCUUCCUAACCUGAAACUCCUGUUGACAACCGGUACUCGCAACCUGGCGUUAGAUUUGGAGGCGUUUACGCGGGGAAAUGUGGCCGUAGCGGGCACCGAGGGUCGACCGCCCGGUGUCAAUUCGACCGUGCAGCACACGUGGGCAUUAAUUCUGGGACUGGCACGGAAUCUUGCACGCGAUGACGCGGCUGUUAAGCGUGGGGGAUGGCAGGGCUCCCUCGGCGUCAAUCUUUCGGGGAAAACACUAGGACUGCUCGGCUUGGGGAAGCUAGGAUCGCAAGUGGGGAACAUUGCAAGCCUGGCAUUUGGAAUGAAGGUUCUGGCCUGGUCAACAAACUUGACUCAAGCUAAAGCCGACGAGCAAGCUCAAGCUCAAGGUCUACCUGCUGGCACAUUCGUCGUCGCAGCAUCCAAGCAGGAAUUCUUCGAACAGGCGGACAUUGUUAGUGUACACAGCGUGCUCUCCGAUCGGAGCCGCGGCAUCGUUAGUACGGCCGAGCUGAACAGCAUGCGACCUUCGGCCUUUAUCAUCAAUACUUCUCGUGGGCCAUUGAUCGACGAGACGGCGCUUCUCGAGGCUCUGAAUACAGGUCGCAUCCGCGGCGCCGCGUUAGAUGUCUUUGACCCAGAGCCAUUGCCUCUUGAUAGUCCUUGGCGGACCACCCCUUGGGGUCAGGAUGGGCGCAGUGAGGUGCUGCUGACACCCCACAUGGGAUACGGGGAGGAAGAUCUACUGCGAGGAUGGUACCGCGAAACCGCCGAGAAUCUCGAGCGCUGGCUUGACGGGAAGGAACUGCUUCGGAAGUUAAACUAA